GGACUCGAAUUUAACGGACGUUCUUCGCCGCGGGUUGCAGCUCGCUUCUCGCGUUCCCGCCCUGAUUCAAUGCCACAUUCGGACAGACAUACCCAAUCCGCCCUAUCAUCUGUCUUACCGUCCAAGCUUUGGCCAGAGCAGUUGAUUAUAUCCCCUUUUUGGAAAUGGCUCCCGCCGCCACCGCGUCCCGUCCGCGUCCAGCGGCAGGACUACAGUUUGUCAUGGAUCCGGCCGCCACAGGCAAGGCGAGCCCGGACACGCGGAAGCUGAUUCGCAGGCACGUCAUGCUGGGGAAGAACACGGGAAAGACACGUCCGCCACGGAACCCGGCACUGCCUUCCCCUACUAAACGUAACCGGCCCUCGAGGAGCUCGAGGAGCGAUGGCAGCGAUGGCAGCGAUGGCAGCGAGGACUCGGCAGUGGCACAGAGACACGCAAGGGGUGCCGAUACCAGGGGAGCGGUAGAAUGGGCCGUCCCCCCACCCUUCGGACAUGUGCUUGCCGCCUUGGCCCUUCCUCCCGACGUCCAGCGGCAUUCUGUGGUCCUCUUCCUACAAUUCUAUCAGCAAAUAUCCAUACACAUGGUCCACCCGCUGCACAUGUGCCUGUCGUUCGAGGAGACGUCGCAGACGUACAUCCUGCCCAUCGUCGCGGACCAGGCCUACCUGCACUCGGUCAUCUCGGGCGCCUGCCGCGCCUGGCAGGGCGUGCUGCCGCAGGGGAGCAGCAAGCGCGCCGAGAUGAACAGGCUUUCCACCUUCCACGCCUCCCGCGCGCUCACGGCGCUGCGCCGCCGGCUGGACGAGGACGACGAGCGCUCCAAGCUGUCCAUCAGCACCAUCAUGUGCGCCAUGAUGCUGGCCUGGUAUUGCUUCACGACCGGGGACGUCGCGUCAGCCAGGGUCCACACCGAGGGCAUAGGCAGGCUAGUAUUGCUCCGGGGCGGCGUGGGGUCGUUUUGGCCGUCGCCCAGGCCUCUUUUGGAGAUAAUGCGCUGCGAUCUUGCCGUCGCAAUUUCUUCCGGGUUGCCCCCUGUCAUUCCAAAAUCGUCUCCUGGUGGCGAGCAGGUGUACCUGGAAUACCCGGACCUCUCUCGUUUCCUCCAGAAGCGCGCCCUCGCGUCGGCGACGGCCUCCAUCUCCGUUCCCGCCCCGCCCACGUGGCCGCCGACCCAGGGGCACAUGGACCUCAGCAUCGACGACCCGGAGCUGGGCCGGGUGUGGCGGGAGCUGUCCGACUUUUGCGCCGUGGCCAACUUCGCGGCCGCCUCGUCCGGGGGCCAGAACCGCAUGACGUCGCAGACCUACAUGUGCUGCAUGGCCGCGUCCAUGUACCGCCUGACGGCGAUGCGCUUCGCGCCCGGGUCCGGCGACGAGGCCGUGCGCCUGGGCCUGCUCGCCUUCGCCGAACCCGUCUUCCUGCCCUGGGGCUGCCUCGGCGUCAAGUACGGCCACCUUGCGGACGCCCUCAGGCGCGAGCUGGCGCGCCCGGAGCUCGCGUGGGCGCUAUCGCCGGGGACAAUUGUGUGGCUGCUCAUGAUCGCGGGUGUGUCCAUGUUGGACUUUGAGAGGGAGAGCUGGCUGCGCAGCGUCCUGUGGCAGAACCUGGGGCUUUGUGGCGUCGAGUCCUGGGCCGAGACGCGAGACCUUUUGAUGAACUAUCUGUGGGUUGGCGCCGUUCACGAUAGGGGAGGGGAAGCCAUGUAUCACGCCAAGCAUUGAAGACUUUGGCGCUCGAUUGAUGCAAGAAACCGAGCGACAGAUGCCUCUACAGCAUGGCGUAAAAAAUAACCUGCCAAUCAUGACUGCUUGGGUAGCUGACGUGCAUGAUGGGG